CAUGAAGCCUCACUCUAGUUUCUUUCUAAAUUCUUAUGGAACUAUAGCAGUACAUCACAAAAAUAUAGAUAUAUUUAUUUUUUUUAAUUAUAUAAAACAUACUAUAUAUAUCUGUAAACAUAUACAGACAGUUUUAUAUUAGUUGCCGGAAAAUCAAGAGAUUGUUCGGACAACAAUUGUGAUGCUACAUGGCUAAAGGUAGGAAACUCACCACCAGUCUCAGCGAACGUUUGUUGGGCAGCUACAAUUACGGUCAAAACCAUGCCACGGUCAACGCAGGCCCCGAUUUAUUCGAGGAUGACGUGUGGUCCGCCGUCGACAUAGUCACCGGAGACGACGACGAUCAGCUGUCGAACAAUCCUCACGUGGAGUGGGCCCCACGCGCUAACCCGGAGACCAACAGGCGCGUGAGUAUUAGAAGCCAUAUGCAUGGUGGUAAUGAGGGCGGCCACGUGGGCGGGUUGUCUCAUGCUUUUGAUGAUCCGGGUCGGACCAGUUCUCCUCGGAUCCUGCACCAAAUCCGUGGUCAGGAGAUUGUCGGGUCGCCACGUGGACGACAGUUUGCCACGUCAGCGCCAGUCAACGUGCCUGAAUGGUCAAAAAUGUGGAAGCCAGUCGAGUCAAUGCAUCAUGACUCGGACGAGUUAGAUGAUGGCGAGUUUGACAAGGUUCCCCCACACGAGUACUUGGCUCGGAGUCGAAACUCGGCUGCCUACUCAGUGUUUGAAGGUGUUGGGCGAACACUUAAAGGCAGAGACAUGAGCCGAGUUCGAGAUGCGGUGUGGAGUCAGACCGGAUUCGAUGGUUAAUCAUAAUUUAGAGUAAUUUUAAUUUUAAUUGUUAAUUAAUGAUUAUAUUAUUAAAUUAGUACGUAAAAUGUGGCUAGUACUAGUGAUCAGUGUCGAAAUUAUGUUUUUCCUUGUAUUGUAAACGGGGAGUUCUCGGUUGCAAGAACUCAAUCCAGUGAGUCAACUCGGUGUCCCAAGCAUAAUCAUGCUUUUGAGGUAUUUUUGUUCAA